AUGGACACGCCGACAAAUCAACCGGUCGGUACGAGACUCGCCGCCGAGUUUCCUGAACUGGCUCAUCUAUCAAGAGACGAUCUUGAAGAGCUUCUCUCGGACCCUCAAUACUUCCAGGCCGUAUUCCACUCACUACCUCGAGUGAAGAUGUUAUACCAGGGACAGAUGGAACUUGCCAUGGCGAACGAGACUAUUGCCAAGAACAAUACGGCUCUUCAGGAGCCGUUAUAUCAGCUGAGAGGUCAAACACAGGAGGCGUUUGAUCGAGCCAAGGGUCUUGAAGCGCGGUGGAAGGAGGUUGAGAAGGAGCAGCGUGAUGUCUAUCAGAGAUUCGAACCUCACUUCCUGCUCAUGCGUUUACGGCAUGCAACAACAGCACAAGAUGAUCUAUCCGAAGCUCGUGCUACAGCCUUCGUCCAAGGUUCAGGCUCGGAUGCGCCUAUUGGUCUUAGUGGGAGGGAGAUAGACGAAUUUGUCAAGGAAUUCAGAGAGCUGAGGAAGACGUAUCACAAGAGAGUAAUGUGGGGAGAGAGGUGGACGUCAAACGAUGUUGCUUGGAGAGACGAUUGA